GAAACACGCCGGCGAUUUAAAAAAAAAAAAUGAAAUGUCCGUACUGUUCAUCGGCGCAAGGACGUUGCGCAACCACGAGCUCCGGCAGAUCUAUCACAGAAUGCUCCUCAUGCGGCCGCGUAGUAGAAGAACGUCAAACUCAAAACCACCACCUCUUCCAUCUCCGAGCGCAAGACACUCCUCUCUGCCUCGUCACUCCCGAUCUCCAAACCCCGCCCCAACCCUCUCCACCCAACGACGAAGAAGAUCCCUUUGAGCCCACGGGGUUCAUCACCGCCUUCUCCACCUGGUCCUUAGAGCCCAGCCCGAUCUUCGCUCGCACUUCCCUCUCCUUCUCAGGUCAUCUCGCUGAGCUGGAACGAACGUUGGAGCUCGCUUCGAAUUCGACGAAUUCUUCGACGGUUGUGGUGGAUAACAUUAGGGCUUAUAUGCAGAUUAUUGAUGUGGCGUCGAUUUUGGGGUUGGAUUGUGAUAUUUCGGAGCAUGCUUUUCAGUUGUUUAGGGAUUGUUGUUCGGCUACUUGUUUGAGGAAUAGAAGCGUUGAGGCUUUGGCUACUGCUUGUCUUGUUCAAGCUAUUAGGGAAGCUCAAGAGCCUAGGACUCUUCAGGAGAUCUCCAUUGCAGCCAAUGUGCAGCAGAAGGAGAUUGGGAAGUACAUCAAGAUUUUGGGAGAAGCUCUACAGCUAAGCCAACCCAUCAACAGCAACUCCAUAUCAGUUCACAUGCCAAGAUUCUGCACCCUCCUUCAACUUAACAAGUCUGCUCAGGAACUGGCAACACAUAUCGGGGAAGUAGUGAUUAACAAAUGCUUCUGCACACGUAGAAACCCGAUCAGCAUCUCUGCAGCUGCUAUCUAUCUAGCAUGCCAACUUGAAGACAAACGAAAGACGCAAGCAGAGAUUUGUAAAAUAACCGGACUAACCGAGGUAACCCUUCGUAAAGUCUAUAAGGAACUUCUAGAGAAUUGGGACGAUCUUCUCCCAUCUAAUUACACACCAGCCGUCCCACCAGAGAAGGCAUUCCCCACAACCACAAUCUCCACAACACGUUCAUCAACUCCUAGAGCCGUGGAACCACCUGAACCAAGUUUCGUGGACAAGGACAAGCCAUCGGUUAAACCCAUUGAAAGUUCAGAACAAGCCCACCAACAGUCCAAAGGAAAAGAAGAUAAGCAGCCGAAAUUCAGACAGCCUUGGCUGUUUGGAACUGCCAACCCAGGGGAUAUGAUAAGCGAACCAGCGAAACUUAGUGCUGUGGACUUUGAUAAGCAACAACUCGAUAAGCAGCAGCAUCAGCAGCUUGAUGAUAAGGACACAUUGCCUAUAUAUCUAAGACAGCAUAGCCAAUUCCCUCCAAAUCCAUCAUCAUCUUCAGGUAUCAGCACAAUCAACUGGACAUUCCGGCCUUCUAGUGGGCAAGGUGGCUCUUCUCCUAACAUGCCUGUUGUUCAUCCACCGAAACUUCCUCCAGGUUAUGCUGAGAUUAGAGGUAGUGGAUCUCAAUCAGGAAACAAGAACGCUAAUAAUGAUAAUCCACAUGAAGACUUGUGCUAAAGAAACUAUUAGAUUAGUCUUCAGUGUGAAGGUGAUCCUCAUAAUGUUUCUCUUCAAUCCUUAGUUUUCAACAUAACUCAAAAGUAGCUACUCUUGUCUUUGCACGUAAUACGACAAAUUCUUCAUCGUUGUUCUAUGGUUUAUACAAAUUUAUGGUCUAAUUGGUGUGACAAAUGC